AUGACCAGACUGGCUCCACCGAGGAGAACCCCUACCAGGGAUUUGAAAAUGAGGAUAUUUUUAGCAACAUGCGAGGAGGCUUCGGCGGCUUUAAUGGUCGAAGAGGACAGCAACCAAACAUGGAAGACUUCCAGACAAUCUUUGAAGACCUUUUCGGAGGAGCCGUGGGCGGAGGCAGCAGGAAAAGCCGAAGGGGCGGAAACGCCGCAGUCAAUGAAUAUUCGGAGGACAUUACUCUCAAAUACGAUAUUGAUUUCAGCGAAGCAGUCAAUGGUUCUUCCAAGGUACUACCCUGACGAUGAAGGUGAUCGAGCUGAAGCGGAGGUGCACGUGCAGCGUAUGCAAGGGGUCGAGGGCCAAGCCGGGACCAAACCGCAGAAGUGUCACCCCUGCCAGGGGACGGGCUCCAUGACCUUCCACCAAGGCAUCAUGGUGAUGCAGACCGUGUGCCCCAACUGCCAGGGCACUGGCCAGACCAUAGGCCAGCCCUGCACCAACUGCUCGGGGGAGGGAGUAGAGGUCGUUAAGACCAACGAGGAGCUGAAAAUCCCCAGGGGAAUCGAUAACGGAGCGACGCUGAGGUUCAAGGGCAAGGGACACGUCAACGGCGACCUCAUAAUUAAAAUCAACGUGAGGAAGCACCCAGUAUUCAGAAGGGAGGGCAACGAUUCCCACGCCGAGAAGGAAAUUUCAGUAAUCGACGCCAUCUUGGGUACUGAGAUCCAGGUGGAGACAAUCUACGGCUAG